AUGGACUCGGGGCUCCCAGCUCAGCCGAGACGGCGCGAGAUGGCGGCCGCGACCUCAGGGAAAAUUUCAGGAGCUGGUCGCUGUCCGCUAAGCAAGGUGAGGGCUGGCCGGCGCCCACCUCCUGCCCGAGUCAGGGUGGCUGUACGACUGCGACCAUUUGUGGAUGGGACAGCUGGAGCGAAUGAUGCCCCCUGUGUCCAAGGCCUGGACAGCUGUUCCCUGGAGAUUGCCAACUGGAGGAACCACCAGGAGACUCUCAAAUACCAGUUUGAUGCUUUCUAUGGGGAGAGAAGCUCCCAGCAGGACAUCUAUGCUGGUUCAGUGCAGCCCAUCCUAAGGCACCUGCUGGAAGGACAGAAUGCCAGUGUGCUUGCCUAUGGGCCCACAGGGGCAGGGAAGACGCACACCAUGCUGGGCAGCCCAGAGCAGCCUGGGGUGAUUCCUCGGGCCCUCAUGGACCUCCUGCAGCUCACAAGGGAGGAGGGUGCUGAGGGCCGGUCAUGGGCCCUCGCCGUCUCUAUGUCCUACCUAGAGAUCUACCAGGAAAAGGUACUAGACCUCUUAGACCCUACCUCAGGAGACCUGGUGAUCCGAGAAGACUGUCGGGGAAACAUCCUGAUUCCGGGCCUCACACAGAAGCCCAUAACUAGCUUUGCUGAUUUUGAGCGGCACUUUCUGCCGGCCAGUCGAAAUCGGACAGUGGGAGCCACCCGGCUCAACCAGCGCUCCUCCCGCAGUCACGCUGUGCUCCUGGUCAAGGUAGAUCAGCGGGAACGGUUCGCGCCGUUUCGUCAGCGGGAGGGUAAACUCUACCUAAUUGACUUGGCUGGCUCUGAAGACAACCGACGCACGGGCAACAAGGGCCUACGGCUGAAGGAGAGUGGAGCCAUCAACACCUCCCUCUUUGUGCUUGGCAAGGUGGUCGAUGCGCUGAACCAGGGCCUCCCCCGUGUACCUUACCGGGACAGCAAGCUUACUCGCCUGUUGCAGGACUCUCUGGGUGGCUCCGCCCACAGCAUCCUCAUUGCCAACAUUGCCCCUGAGAGACGCUUCUACCUAGACACGGUCACUGCACUCAACUUUGCUGCCAGGUCCAAGGAGGUGAUCAACCGGCCUUUUACCAAUGAAAGCCUGCAGCCUCACGCUUUAGCACCUGUUAGACUGUCUCAGAAAGAACUGCUGGGCCCAUCAGAGGCAAAGAGAGCUCGAGGACCUGAAGAGGAGGAGACCAGAAGCCCGGAGCCGCUAGCAGCCCCAGUGUCUGCCUCCCAGAAGCUCAGCCCACUGCAGAAGCUAAGCAGUAUGGACCCAGUCAUGCUAGAACGCCUCUUGAGCUUGGACCGUCUGCUGGGCUCCCAGGGGAGCCAGGGGACCCCUCUGCUGAGCACCCCAAGGCGAGAGCGAAUGGUGCUCAUGAAGACAGUGGAGGAGAAAGACUUGGAGAUUGAGAGACUUAAGGUGAAGCAAAAAGAACUGGAGGCCAAGGUGCUGGCCCAGGAGUCUUCGGGGGCAAAAGAUGAAAACUGCUCUCCCACAAUGCUUAGACCCCUUGCCCACCGUACAGUCUCAGUGGCUAAGCCCCUGAAAAAGGCUGUCGUGAUGCCCCUACAACUGCUGCAGGAGCAGGCAGCAUCCCCACGUGCUGAGGUCCAUAUCCUCAAGAAGAGGGGCCGGAAGAGGAAGCUGGAGUCCCUGGAUGGCUCUGAACCUGAGGAGAAAGCUGAGGACUGCUGGGAGCCACAGAUCAGCCCAGAGCUCCUGGCCCAUGGGCGCCAAAAAAUCUUGGACCUGCUGAACAAAGGCUCAGCCCGUGAUUUAAGGAGCCUGCAGCGCAUUGGCCAGAAGAAGGCCCAGCUCAUCGUGGGCUGGAGGGAGCUCCACGGCCCCUUCAGCCAGGUGGAGGACCUGGAACGCGUGGAGGGCAUAUCUGGGAAACAGAUGGAGUCAUUCCUAAAGGCGAACAUCCUGGGCCUCGCCGCGGGCCAGCGCUGUGCCUCCUGACUGCCGUCUCCUCUACACUCUACCUGUUUGCUUAAUCCAUAUGUAACAGCGUGUUGUAUAAAUACAGUUUUUAUUCCGGUG